UCCAAGCCUGGCCUUGGCCAAUUCGGGACGAGCAAGAAAGUGACAGUACGACGUCAUCACCACGUUACAUAAUACUGACAUCAACAGCCUACCCCAGACUUCAUUUAUAACCAACUCCCUCCCCCAGAUUCACGCGAAUCCUUUUUUCUCUUCGCUCAGACCAAAUCUCUAAUACAACCACAACAACCGCGACCAUGAAUCUCACGGGGUCAGGUUCGCCGCUAGCGCAGGCGGACCGUCUCCGCAGCCCCGGCCUCGCCACGGGCGAGCUGGGCAUCCUGCGCUCGACCAUCCUCCCCUCGUUCGCGCUGCACACGACCCUCGACCUGGCGGCGUGGGCGGCGUCGCGCGCGACCGACAAAGCCGAGCUCAAGGACUGGAACUGGCCAGCCAGCCAGGUGAUCAACGCCUGGUGGAGCGCCGUGGGCCACCAGGUGUUCUACAACAACGUCUCCCCGCAAACGGCCUGGCGCGCCCUCUCGUGGACUGACAAGACCCUCCUGUCGCUCGUGACCGCCUGGGGCACGCGGCUGUUCGCGCGCAUCGCCUCGCGCACCCUGCGCCGCGGCGCCGACGACGCGCGCUACGUGCAGCUCAAGAAGCAGAACCCCGUCGGCUUCUGGAAGGAGAUGCUCUGGAAGCAGUACCUGCCCGAGGCCGCGCUGCUGACGCUGAUCAGCUUGCCCUUCACCCUGCCCUUCCGGCUGACGAGCCCCAGCGUCGCGUUGGACGCGGACGUGCAGGCCGCGCUGCGUGCCUUCGGCGUGGGGCUGUUCGGCGCCGGGUUCGCGCUCGAGGUCCUGGCCGACGGGCAGAUGGAGGCGCACCGCGCCGAGAGGCCCGACCUGUGCCGCACCGGCGUGUGGAGCAUCGUUAGACAUCCCAACUACCUCGGCGACACCCUCGUGCACCUGGGCUUCGCCUUCAUCAACUGCGCCACCAACUUCAACCCGCUCGUCAUCCUGGGACCCCUGACCAACUACGUCUUCCUGCGCUUCAUCGGCGGCGACAAGAUGACCGAGGCCAGCCAGGAGGAGCGCUACAAGACCGAGGACCUGCACAAGUACGACCAGCUCCAGGAGUGGAAGACCAAGAAAAAUAGCUUCUGGCCCGGGUUCAAGGAGAUCGUCAACCCGUGGACGUGGGCGGUCGUCGGCUUCGGGGUGGUGGGCGUUGUCGUCGAGGAGGGCCUUCGUGGCUUGCUCACGAAAUAGGUUUCUUUCUUCUUCCCUCAUGUGUGUUUAUUUCGAUAUACUCUGUACAACGGCAACGAUCAUGUAAUCUAUUCUUUAUA